ACUUGUAUUUUGCUUUGGGUGUAUACAUCUCUUCUAUUUGGUAGAGAGGUCCACAGCUCGAACUACAACAGACCCAUUGGAAGUGGUCGCUCUAAACUCCAUCUUUUGGGAAUGGAACGUGUCUGCAUUGCCUCCGUGGAACAUAAGUGGUGAUCCAUGCAGUGGGGUCGCCGUUGAUGAUUCGAAGAGCAUCGACGAUGAUGUGGACAUGAACCCGGCCAUCAAAUGCAAAUGCACGUUCGACAAUGGGACCACCUGCCACAUAACAGCACUGAAAGUUUAUGCUUUGAAUGCAAGAGGCUCAAUCCCGUAUGCGCUUCGGUAUCUGUCGCAUCUCACCAAUCUGAAUUUGGGUCGAAAUUACUUAACUGGUGCCUUACCUUCAUUUAUUGGCGAUUUAACAUCCAUGCAAUACCUGAACCUUGGUAUCAAUGCAUUGUCUGGAAGCAUCCCAAAUGAACUUGGAAACCUUCAAAAUCUUAUAUCAUUGAGCAUUAGCUCAAAUAGUUUCAAUGGGCCACUCCCUUCAAAGAUGGGGGAUUUGGUGACUCUGAAAAAACUUUACAUAGACAGUUCCGGUGUCAGCGGUGCGAUUCCUUCAACAUUUGCCAAUCUAGUAAACUUGCAGACAGUGUGGGCCUCUGAUAAUGAGUUAAAUGGCUCGAUACCCAACUUCAUAGGGAGCUGGACUAAGCUUAAAUCUCUGAGGUUUCAAGGGAAUGCUUUUCAAGGUCUGAUACCAUCAAGUUUUUCUAAUUUAACAUCCCUAAUCGAUCUGCGAAUUAGCGACAUAACGAAUGGGACCUCGUCGUUGGCAUUGAUUAAGAACAUGAAGAACUUAACCACCUUAAUCUUGAGAAAUAAUGGGAUUUCGGAUGCCAUUCCAUCUGACAUUGGCGAGUAUCAAUCACUACAGCACCUGGAUUUGAGCUUCAACAAUUUAACUGGUGAAAUUCCAAUUUCUCUCUUCAAUUUGACUUCACUUCGUUACUUGUUUCUUGGAAACAAUAGCUUGUCUGGUAGCCUUCCUUCCAGUAAAAGCUCAUCACUUGUCAGCAUAGAUUUGUCCUACAAUCAAUUAUCAGGAAGCUUUCCAUCUUGGAUCACACAAGGCUUACAACUGAAUUUGGUCGCCAACAACUUCGUCAUUGAUAGUUCUAAUAACAGUGCUUUGCCUUCAGGAUUGAAUUGUCUUCAGCGGAACUUUCCGUGCAAUCGGGAUCCUCCAAUCUAUUAUUCAUUUGCAAUCAAGUGUGGCGGCAGAGGGAUGACAUCUUCCAACGGAAUGGUAUAUGAAAAUGAUGAUGAAGCUCUUGGCACAGCAACAUAUUAUGUGACCGACGAGACCAGGUGGGCCGUCAGCAAUGCUGGGUUGUUUGCUGAGAACAAUAAUGCCUCAUAUAUCAGAAGCUCUUCUUCUCAGUUUCUGAAUACUUUGGACCCGGAGCUCUUCCUGACAGCAAGGAUAUCGCCAGUAUCAUUAAGAUACUAUGGUCUCGGGCUUGAGAACGGCCAAUACACCAUAGCUAUGCAAUUUGCUGAGAUAGGCAUCGAAAAUACUUGGCAGGGUGUUGGAAGGCGUGUAUUCGAUAUUUAUGUCCAGGGAAAUCUUCAAUUGAAAGAUUUUGAUAUAAAAAAAGCAGCAGGUGGGGUCUCUAGGAGAGCCGUUCAGAGGACUUUCCAGACUAUUGUAACCGAACAUUUCCUUGAAAUCCAUCUCUUUUGGGCCGGGAAAGGGACUUGCUGUAUACCUAAUCAAGGUACUUUUGGUCCAUCCAUUUCGGCCAUCAGUGUCACUCCAGAUUUCAUACCGACUGUUAGAAGUCCGCCAGGAUGGGGAAAGAAAAGCAAGACUGGUUUGAUCAUUGGGAUUGUAGUUGGUGUUGGCGCUCUGAGCUUUAUAUCCAUUUUCGCAGUUUUUAUCUGGAGACGCAGGAGAAGGGGUAUUGAUGAAGAUGUAGAGUGUCUAAUCAUGGCUGCCAAAGCAAACAGUUUCAGUUAUUCUGAACUAAGGGCUGCAACAGAGGACUUCAGUCCGGCAAAUAAGUUGGGAGAGGGAGGAUUUGGGCCAGUUUAUAAGGGAACACUCUCAGAUGGACAGGUAAUAGCCGUGAAGCAACUCUCGGUAGCAUCUCAUCAAGGAAAGAAUCAGUUCAUAACAGAGAUUGCUACCAUAUCUGCAGUACAGCACCGGAAUCUCGUGAGUUUGUAUGGAUGCUGCAUCGAGGGAGAUAAGCGGCUUCUGGUUUACGAGUAUCUUGAAAACAAGAGCCUUGAUCAGGCACUCUUCGGAGAGAGCAACUUGAAUCUAACCUGGGCCACCCGCUAUGAGAUAUGCUUGGGUACGGCCAGAGGUCUUGCUUAUCUGCACGAAGAAUCGAGGCUCCGAAUUGUACAUAGAGAUGUCAAGGCCAGUAAUAUUCUACUUAACUCUGACCUUGUCCCCAAGAUUUCAGAUUUUGGUUUGGCAAAGCUAUACGAUGAUAAUAAGACUCACAUCAGCACACGGGUCGCAGGGACAAUUGGGUAUCUUGCACCAGAGUAUGCCAUGCGUGGGCAUCUGACAGAAAAGGCUGAUGUGUUCGGAUUUGGGGUUCUCGCACUUGAGAUUCUUAGCGGAAGGCCCAAUGCAGAUACAAGCUUCGAUCAAGAUAAGAUAUAUCUCCUCGAAUGGGCUUGGAAUCUACAUGAAGCUAACUGUCCAUUUGAAUUGAUCGAUCCAACACUGCCCGAAUUCGAUGAAGGAGAAGGACUACGAAUGAUUGGUGUAGCUCUUAUGUGCACUCAAACAUCACCAAUGCUAAGGCCAUCCAUGUCCCAUGUGGUAGCCAUGUUAUCAGGCCACAUCGAAGUAAGCAGUGUCAUAUCGCGGCCCGGCUACUUAACAGAGUGGCAAUUCAAUGACUUAAACAGCUUUAGGACUGAUGAUAUGUUAAGAGAGUCCAUUGGAAGAACCAUGAACAGUCAAUGUGGCACAUCAUCGAAUUCGAACACGUCCAUUCAUGUGGAAGUCUCGCCUCUUCCCACGCAGCUGAUGUUGCAAGAGAUCAUUGGAGAAGGAGAGUUGAAGAUUGGGAUCCACAAUCAUUUGGGUCCAUUUCAUUUUCGGCUCUCUCCCUCUCUAAACACCGAAACAAACAAAAAUAGGGGGGGUUCCAAACAGAAAGAUGAAUUUGAUACGAAAAUUUCCAUCUUAUAUACUACUUGCCUUUUGCUUUGGGUGUAUGCAUCUCCUGUGCUUGAUAGAGAGGUCCACAGCUCAAACUACAGCUACUGCUACAACAGACCCAUCGGAAGAAGAGUUUAUGCUUUGGAUGCAAGAGGCUCAAUCCCAGAUGCGCUUGGGUACCUGACGCAUCUCACCAAUCUGAAUUUGGGUCAAAAUUACUUAACUGGUUCUGUGCCUUCAGUUAUCAGCAAUUUAACAUCCAUGCAAUACCUGUCCUUUGGUAUCAACGCGCUGUCCGGAAGCAUCCCAAAGGAACUCGGAAACCUACGAAAUCUUAUAUCAUUGGGCUUUGGCGCAAAUAGUUUUGAAGGUCCACUCCCACCAGAGAUGGGGAAUUUGGUAGCUCUAGAACAACUUUACAUUGACAGUGCCGGCGUCAGCGGUCUGAUUCCUUCAACAUUUGCCAACCUAGUAAACCUGAACUCAUUGUGGGCCUCUGAUAAUGAGUUUGAUGGCUUGAUACCUGAGUUCAUAGGGAGUUGGACUAAGCUUCGAGUUCUGAGGUUUCAAGGGAAUGGGUUUCAAGGUCCGAUACCAUCGAGUUUUUCUAAUUUAAUAUUCCUAACCGAUCUGCGAAUUAGCGACAUAAUGAACGGGAACUCAUCGUUGGCAUUUAUUAAGAACAUGAAGAACUUAACUAACUUAAUCUUGAGAAAUAAUAGGAUUUCAGGCACAAUUCCAUCUGACAUUGGAGAGUAUCAAUCAUUACAGCACCUGGAUUUGAGCUUCAACAAUUUAACCGGUGAAAUUCCAAGUUCUCUCUUCAAUUUGAAUUCACUUAGUUACUUGUUUCUUGGAAACAAUAGCUUGUCUGGUAGCCUUCCUUCCAAUAAAAGCUCAUCACUUGUCAACAUGUACGUUAUUCGACCUUUUUGUUUUAGGGUAUCUGUCGUAGCAGCUGCGGCAUGGGGAAAUCUCCAGGAAAAUGGAUCAAGACGGUUCUGUUCAGGAAGAAAUCUUCCAGAUCUGGAGCAUCGAAAGAAAGAGAGGCUUUGGGCUAAGGAUUAUACUGCAGUAGAACAACCUAUGGAAGCAUUCAUGAAUAUCCUAUUCUCAUUUGGAACUACAGGUCAGGCCAGUUGCAUGGCUUUCCUUGGUCUUGUAUCCUGUGGGACGAGUUGUCACUUUUCUCUCAAUGGGGAUGCUGAAGAUGCUAGGUUUGAAAGAUUUAGUUGCAUAAGCAGGCAAUAUAAGUACCUUUUCUGGAAAGAAAAUCUGCAUGUAUCGAUAGCGGCGCUUUCCGUGAAUUCAGGAACCCCGGCGCUUCUGCUAGAAAUUCCAGCGCUCAGCAAAAGCGUCGGCGAAGCCAGAAAGCGCGCCGACAAAGGUUUCAUAUUUACCGGCACUCGUACAAGCGCCGGAAAUCUUGAAUUGAAAGAUUUUGAUAUAAAAAAAGCAGCAGGUGGGCUCUCCAGGAGUGCCGUUCUGAGGACUUUCCCGGUUAAUGUAACCAAGAAUUUCCUUGAAAUCCAUCUCUUUUGGGCUGGGAAAGGGACAUGCUGUAUUCCUGCUCAAGGUACUUUUGGUCCAUCCAUUUCGGCCAUCAGUGUCACUCCAGAUUUCACACCAACCGUUGGUAACCGUCCGCCAGGUUCAGGAAAGAAAAGCAAGACUGGUUUGAUCAUCGGGAUUGUAGUUGGUGUUGGUGCUCUGAGCUUUAUAUCCAUUUUCGCAGCUUUUAUCUGGAAACGAAAGAGAAGGAGCAUUGAUGAAGAUGAAGAGUUUCUAAGCGUGGCUGCCAAAGCAAACAAUUUCAGUUAUCCUGAACUCCGGACUGCAACAGAGGACUUCAGUCCAGAAAAUAAGUUGGGAGAGGGAGGAUUUUGGCCUGUUUAUAAGGGAACACUCUCAGAUGGACAGGUAAUAGCUGUGAAGCAACUCUCGGUAGCAUCUCAUCAAGGAAAGAAUCAGUUCGUAACAGAGAUUGCUACCAUAUCUGCAGUGCAGCACCGGAAUCUUGUGAAGUUGUAUGGAUGCUGCAUCGAGGGAGAUAAGCGGCUUCUGGUUUACGAGUAUCUUGAAAACAAGAGCCUUGAUCAGGCACUCUUCGGAAAGAGCCACUUGAAUCUAAACUGGGCCACCCGCUAUGAGAUAUGCUUGGGUACGGCCAGAGGUCUUGCUUAUCUGCACGAAGAAUCAAGGCUCCGUAUUGUACAUAGAGAUGUCAAGGCCAGUAAUAUUCUACUCGACGCUGACCUUGUCCCCAAGAUUUCAGAUUUUGGUUUGGCCAAGCUAUACGAUGAUAAGAAGACCCACAUCAGCACACGGGUCGCAGGGACAGUUGGGUAUCUUGCACCAGAGUAUGCCAUGCGUGGGCAUCUGACAGAAAAGGUUGAUGUGUUCGGAUUUGGGGUUCUCGCACUUGAGAUUCUUAGCGGAAGGCCCAAUGCAGAUACAAGCUUGGAUCAAGAUAAGAUAUAUCUCCUCGAAUGGGCUUGGAAUCUACAUGAAGCUAACUGUCCAUUUGAAUUGAUCAAUCCAACACUGCCGAAAUUCGACGAAGAAGAAGCACUGCGAAUGAUUGGUGUUGCUCUUCUGUGCACUCAAACAUCACCAAUGCUAUGGCUAUCCAUGUCCCAUGUGGUAGCCAUGCUAUCAGGCCACAUCGAAGUGAGCAGUGUCAUAUCGUGGCCCGGCUACUUAACAGAGUGGCAAUUCAAUGACUUAAACAGCUUUAGGGCUGAUGAUAUGUUAAGAGAGUCCAUGGGAAGAACCAUGAACAGUCAAUCUGACACAUCAUCGAAUUCGAACAUGUCCAUUCAUGUGGAAAGCUCACCUCUACCCACUCAACCGAUGUUGCAAGAGAUCAUUGGAGAAGAACAGUUGUGAUUGACUUUUAAGCUGCCCAUGCAUGCACAAAUACAUUCGAACAUGGGUACAUCGGUAGAUAAAUACAUACUGUGAUGGAUGCAUGUAUGUAUACCAUAUACAUGGAUGUCAUGUAGAGGUUUGGAUGGUUUGUAUUUGGGAUGUUAUUGGGGAGUUAUUUGAAACUCCUGCUGUGUGUGACACUUGAUACACAGGCGCUCAAAAAUUGUAUAAGUAGUGCAAAUGAAGUCAAAUUACACCGACUAGAUUAUGGAAGUCUACGUCGUUGAGUCGAAAUCCCAAUAUUAGAUUUGUUGAACAAUCCAAACCUCUCAUUUGUGGACACUCGUUUGUUGAAAUAGGACCAUGAACCAUCCAAACCUCUCAAAUAAGUGUAGGUCAUGUGUUAGAUGUGUACCCUAAAAAGUCAAUCAUUCAUGUAUUGUUUUACCUAUGAUCAUUUAGUUGAAUGGAAUAUUCUUUGGCUCUUCAUGAGUAAUUGCAUAUGGAACUCUCCAUGGGAAAAAAAAAAUGAGGUAGACACAAAGGCCAUCAUUGCUUA